AUGGAGACCAGAGACAUGUCCCGUUCAUUGGACAAUGUGCAUUGGUGGGAGCCGGAGCAAUGGAAGACGAAGAAGCUUAGAGCAUCCUCCUUGUCUUUGGAAGGGGCUGACCCGGCGGACAUCAGGAAUGGCUGGCUGACACUGCCGGAUCCUAAGGCGAGGUUCCAACAGAAGCAGAUGCAGGAACGAGAGCUAAAAAUAGCGUCACUCUACGAAGCUCAACAGGCGCGAGCCCUGACUCGCGUGAGACACUCGCCUAGUGAGAGCCUCGUGCGGCAGUCACCUAGCGAGAGUUUGUCCAGCCCGCCACAGCCCUCUGUGCCACAUCAACCCGGCAAGGUUCGUCAAAUGUUCGAAGAGCGUCGAACCAAAGGCAUCGACAAAAGCUACCCCCUCCAACCGAUUCAGAACACAGAGCGCUCGCGUAAGCCCCUGCCCAACGGGUUCGCCAAAGUGUCCAGCACCAGGAUCCAGAACGGAACGGAACGGACAGAGAGGACGGAGCACAGGCAGAAUGGGAGGACGAAUCGGGUGACGGAGAAGAAAAGUACUCAUACGAGCGUCAGCUCGCAGAGUUUAAAGAAACAUCAUGUAGUAAAAACAGAAGAGAUCACAAACAGAUCGGGAGAUUUCAACCACAACCACCAGCCAGACCUUAAUGCUGUCAAACAGGCUCUAAUAAGCAAUGGCCUCGUACAUGAAGUGGACGAGUUAGACGGAGACGGCAACAUGCUGGAGGACGAGACAUUCCCCGAGGCGCUAGCACCAGUCACUCCGCGCGACGAGCCUCCCGCCAGGCCUCCUAGAAGAAGUCCAAUGACGAAAACCUCCUCCACCACGGUCUCCAAACCCAAGCCUGCUGCCGCGCCCACCGCUCCCCCCAGGAGAACCCCGAGUGGAAAUGCAUCGGAGAGCAAGGCCCAGGGACCCAUGGCAAAUAGAGGUCAAAAAGCAGCCGCUGCAGGGAGUAGUACAGUAAGAAGUUCGCCUAGGCAAACUUCUUCGCAAGUAAAACGCGUGCCAGCGGCGCCCUCCUCCACCGGCCCAGGCGUGCCAUGCAGCGUGUGUGGCAGGCGCUUCGCUGAAGACCGGCUCGCUAAGCAUGAAGGCAUUUGUCGUAAAUCGCAGACCAAGAAGAGGAAACCUUUCGACGCACUCAAGCAUAGACUCGCGGGAACAGAAGCGGAGCCGUUCAUAAGCAAACUGCGAAAAAGGCAUGCUGCGAGCAACGCCGCGCUCGCCAAACCCAAGCCUCUGAACAGCAACUGGAGGCAGAAGCACCAGGAGUUCAUCCAGGCCAUCCGAGCUGCUAAGCAGGUGCAGCAACAUCUAGCGUCUGGAGGUAAACUAAGCGAUCUCCCGCCGCCCCCUCCCUCGGAGAACCCCGACUACGUGCAGUGCCCGCACUGCAGCCGCCGCUUCAACCAGGCCGCCGCCGAGCGACACAUCCCCAAGUGCGCCUCCUACCAGUUCAACAAACCCAAGCCGGGACAGGCCAAACCUAGCAACUCCAAGCGCCGGUAACACCCAACUAUAUACUCUUAUGGGUGGAUAAGUGAGAUUCAACGGGUCCGAAGUACCUAGGACAAAUUCCCAGUUUAACCGAGCCGGGUCCACACAGAACGAGGCAGUUUCUUCGCGCGGCAAAUGUACUAUGUAGACGCGCGUUUUGCUCGGUCGAGCAAUGUGCCGAGGCCGAGGCAAUUCUACGUUUUCCGCGCGAGCACAUUGCCUCGCAGCGUGAAAGCCUCGCUCUGAGUGGACCCGGCGAAUCAUGAGUUACAUUCUCACGCGCGAGUCCAAUAACUAAAAUCGCUUAAGAUAUAUGGAGUCACGCACAAGAACGCAACUCAUACUGACAGAUCAGAUCUGGGAUAGGUACUUUAAACUGGGCGAAAUUUUUAAAUAAUCAUGGAUAACUUGAGGACUCUCAGAUCUCAGACGAUACUGGCAGUCAAUUUUUUUCCGUUUUUUCGCAAAACUACUUUCUAACAUAAUAACAACGUAUUUUAACUUCCUAAAGGACAUUCGAUCUCAAGCAUUGUGUCAAUUAUUACAGAAAAAUAACGGUCAACGUAAUAUUUUCGGAUAUACUCCAGUAUUUCAUUAAAGCAACCAGUUUUAUUCACUCUUUAUUAUUAAUUUAGAACAAAUAUGUAUUAAGAUAACAUUUACCUACGAUACAAAGAUAACACCAACAAGUUACCCUUAGGCUUGAUUACUGUAAAGAUCAAACAUGGAUAACUGCAUAAACGAAUUCCUAUAUUUAAAAUUAAUAAUUAUCAUGAAAUUUUGCCAUACGGAUAUUGGGACCUAAUAUUUAAGAGGAAUUUUGGAAAUCUCGACGAUUUUUUUUAGCUAUUAAUGUAAUAUUAGUUAACAGUGAGAUUUUAUAAUAAAUAUUUUGGCGUUAAUACAGUCCGUGGUGUAAUGGAACCAGUCGUAUUUGAUCAAAAUGUGUUACUUUACAUACCAUGUUGUGCAGACUGUACAUGAAAAUUAUGCUUUUUGAUGUUAACAUGCUGUUAUAGACCUAUUAAAAUAUACUUUAUUA